GGCAGAAAAUUGCACAUGCAAGCUACACCUGAGACCUGCAGCUUUCCGAACGACAACGGAAGCUCCCCGGCUCUUUUUUCUUUUUGAACUGCAAAGAAAAAGCAGUCAUAAUGAUUUCACGAUCAUCUGUAAGCCGUGUCGCUCGCGGUGCGCGGCAGCUUCGUUCAAUCAAAGAUACCCCGGCUGCAUGUAGAGGUCUACAAAUCAGCGCAUCGGAAUCCCCUCUGCAUGGCGAUAUUUUAAGCAAGACUCUUGAUUCUACGGAUCCUGCUGGUACGUUUUGGUUGUGCCUCCUUGGCUAAUGACAUUGAAUACUAAAGCAAGUUUUGCAGAUGCAAGAUUUGAAGUCAUUGGAGCACCUUACUCUCUCCUCUCAGUCUCAUUGUCCGCAUCGCAAACACUAUACACCCGACGAGGAACGUUAGUUGGAGUGAGCGGAAAAGCAGAAAAUGUCAGCAUGCUCGAGGUGAAAGCAUAGGAUAGGAAGGAUGGCUUGCUGAUAUAUUCGGUAGGCCCAAUCAACAUUAUCGAUUCUUGAACCCUUUCGACGAGUCCCUCUUGGGAUCCCUUUUCUAUACCAAAAAGUCUCCUCGACAAGUCCUAUAAAAGCGUUGAUAUCAACGAAAAGUCCGAUUACGUCUAUGGAGGUAUUACAUCUGGAUGGGAGAGAAGAUUGGAUAGUGGCUCAGAGAAAUGCAUUGCUGGCUUGGACUGGCCAUAGAUUAUCUGUUUCGCCGACAAUGAACAGAAGUAUGAGUAUUGCUCAUUGGGGAAACACACAAAUUACAGGUAGAGGGCUUGUAGCUUUGGCUGGGGCAGGGCGUAUAUAUGAAAUCACCCUGAAAGAAGGAGAAGAAUUCGUCGCACAUCCCGGAAACGUCGUUGCAUACACAAUGAACCAACAUAAACCUCUCCCUUACCGUCUGAAAUCCUCGAUCUUAAGAUUCCAGGUCCCAAGCAUAGGAUUCAGUAAGCUGUUGCCAGAUAUUAAGUUUUUCAGGGUUAUGCAACAGACAGAUUCAUGGAAAUUUGUCAAGAGGAUAGCUUUUACGCUGAGGACAGCGAUGAGGAGGACUAUUUGGGGGGAUAGGCUUUUUUUACAAUUCAGAGGGCCAACUACACUCCUAAUGUCUACAAGGGCAACAAGGAUUAGCGACGUUUUGACGAAUAGGGAUAUAAACGAGAUUGCGGAUGCUCCACCGGGAGCCGUAACGGAAGCUAUUGAGUUGGCAAAGGAACCUAAAGCGGUCUCAAAAGAUACGAAGCAAAUCAAGGAUGUACCGACCGGAUUCCAUUUUGCGGAGGUUAAUAAAGAUGGGAAAGUGAAGUUUGAUGAUCCUCCUGUAAGGUAGUAAGUAGAGCGGGAUGUGUCAGUAGAGGGACGAAAUAGAAAAUGUAUGAGUAGGUCCUGAUUUUGGACGGGCAAGGGGAAUAAAAUUUACGGAAAUGAUACCUCAACCGAAAUGU